GCCAAUCGUUGUGUCGCCAUUUUGUUUUUCAGUUGGUGUUCACAGUGAGGCGUGCGCGUGUGAUAUUAAUUGGUUUUCUGCGGUUAAUAAUAGAUUAAAUACGCGUCAAUUGUUUUGCUUUCAUUGUACACGCCAUAGAGAUCAUCAUGUCGGAUCGAGAGAGGAGUCGCUCUAGGACUCGGAACGGUUCCCACGAGGCAGCACCUAAACCUCCGACGAUGUCGCGGGGCCACAGCCGAAGCCGGUCUCGGACGCCGCCCCCGCCAAAAGCUUCAAGCAGGAAGUAUAGAAGCCCCUCGCGCUCCAGAUCGCGCUCGCGCUCGGGCUCGGCGCGGCGCGGCUACCGCGCGCGCUACUCGCGCUCGCGCUCGCGCUCCUACUCCCCGCGCGGCUCCUACCGCCGCUCGCACAGCCACAGCCCCAUGUCGUCGCGCCGCCGCCACCAGGGGGACAGGGUGAGAGUUGCUUCAUAUGAGAACCCGACGCCGUCGCGGUGCCUGGGGAUCUUUGGGCUCAGUCUGUACACUACGGAGCAACAGAUCAAUCACAUCUUCUCUAAAUAUGGACCCGUGGAGAAAGUGCAAGUUGUCAUAGAUGCUAAGACGGGGCGGUCCCGAGGCUUCUGCUUCGUAUACUACGAGUCCCAGGACGACGCGAAGGUGGCCAAGAACGAGUGCACCGGCAUGGAGAUAGACGGCCGCCGCAUCCGAGUGGACUACUCCAUCACGCAGCGCGCGCACACACCCACGCCUGGCAUCUACAUGGGCAAACCCACUGUGAGCGGUCGAGGCGACAACGGCUACGACAGGCGAGGGCGAGGGGAUAGAGACGACUACUACUACCGCGGCGGCGGCUACCGCGAGCGCGACUACUACCACCGCUCGUACCGCCACCGCUCGCCGUCGCCGCACUACCGCCGCUCGCGCCGCUACGAGCGCGAGCGCUCCUACUCGCCGCGUCGUUAUUAAUAGUUCCGUGAUGCUGAGGUCAACUUCAUAGCAUAGAUUUUGAUACAACCCUCCCCAAUGUAUCGCUGGCCUCCUUUGUGCAUUUAAACGGUUUCUGCGUAGUUUAUCGAAUAUUGUUAAUUUGAUAUGACUUUUGUAAAUAAAAUUGAUUUAAUAUCGAUCGUUCGCCACGAUCGCGCGCUCUGAUGUCCAGUCAACGAGAGGAACUCGUUUUUGUUUUAACAUUAGACGCGAUGCUGAAAGGGUCUAGAUGUAAGUUAGCCUGUAACGCCCCCACCGGGGCAUAGUUGCCUCUAGGUUGUAAAAUUAUAACUAAUAAAGUUUUAACACUAAGUCUAAUAUUGAUUUUGUUUGUUUGAAAAGGUAUUGAAACAAGAAGUAAAGGAUGAAGUUCCUUGAAACUAACUGUGUUGAAGUUUUGAAAAUGUUUGAUUGAAAAGUCCUUUCGAAAUGGAAAAUCCCGACCGGUUGGUGGGUGCCGAGACAGCAGCUCGGUGCCGAAGCGAAGCUUUCGGAAAAUGUUGGCAAAUGUCGAAGCGAAAAGAAUAUGAUCGAGUCGGCGGCGUAAAGUAGGCAGCGACACUGGCGGGAGCGCAGAUCAUAUUCUUAUCAAACGACAACUAACUAUCAAGUCUAAGCAUCCACUUCUUUAACCUACUUUUCAACGUGAUCUUUUUGCAUUUUUCAGAGACAUAGUAUGUAUUUAAAUAUAAUUAUACAUAUAUCGAAGUAUUGAGUAUGACAUCAUAUUUCACAUUCUCUAGUGUAGACUUGUGUUGUGAGCGACUUGUUAAUAAACAUUAGUUUUGUAAUGUCA